GCUCGCCGCCGCCCUUAACGCCGCGCAUGGACGCAUUCCGACUCUCGGUUUCUCUGUCACCUUAUUUCUACCACCUUGGAAGAUCCAUCUCAUAUAACCUACGUUGGACUACUCGCUGCGUACAUCUGGUCAUCAAACGUCCCCCCACUGGAAGUGUGUGCCGCCUGCCGCCAUUGACGCCCGUCUCGCCCCUAUAGUCGCAAUGUCGACGUUGCCGGUCUCGCUAUUACCGGCUUCAAGGCCGCAACCGCAGAUUUCCCAGCGCAAAUUGAUCAAGAAGGGCGGUUACACGCGACAACGCCGCGGGUGCUUAACCUGCCGACAGCGCAAGAAGAAAUGCGACCAGGGGCUUCCGAUUUGUGGGCACUGCUCACGACUUAACCUCGUUUGCAAGCACGAAAAGCCCCGAGAGGUUGUAUCAAGCACUUGCGGGGAAGAUGCUGCCAGAGACUCGGCUGGUUCUGAAGUGCGUCAACGCUGGGGCUACGACAACUCCAAUUCUCCACAUGGCGACAAUGUUUCCGAAGUCGUACGGGUCUCAAAGAUCUUUGAACCGCUGGAUUUUGUACGAUCCAAAGAUUCUGUGGAUCAUCUGAGCUCCAGUCGCAGGACCAUGAUGCGAUACUACACUUCCACCCUCGCCAUUAUGCUAUCAGCAACAGCUGAAAAUAACUGCUUCCUGUCAGUCCUGUUGCCAAUGGCCUUUGACUGCGCUACUCUGCUUGAUGCAAUGGCUGCAUGGUCAUCGGCCCAUCUUGCCUUACGAGACCCCAGUUUCCACAAUGUCUCUCUCCAACAUCGGGGCAGGGUUCUUAGCAACCUUAGCGCCGCCCUUAACGGCAAUAACCUUUCCGGGGAAAUGUGCCUAGCUAUAACGAUGGCCAUGUGCUCCAUGGAGACUAUCUCGGAUGCAACUACCAGCGGCUGGGCACACCAUCUAUUUGGAGCUGCGGCCGUCCUGCAAUCCGGCAUCUCCGAUGUUCAAGAAGGCGCAUUGCAAAAGUCACGAAGCAUAAUUAACGGCUACUGGUUGGAAUCGGUUGAGCGGAAGUGGCUGGUUAGAAACUUUGCGUAUCACGAUAUCCUGAUGAGCGUGUCACUGGAUAGAAGGCCCCUUAUCACUGGCGAUUAUUGGAUGUCUGCGGAUGAUGAGAUGGCGGAUCCUUACUUUGCAUUUGCGUCGAAAAUCAUGCUAUUAACAUCCGAGAUCAGUGUUUUAAACGCCGAUUGCGCUGACUACGAGCUAUCACUUGGCGAUGGUGGCAGCCCAGAAGAAGACGCCUAUGCUGACAUCUUUGGAGGAUUGCCUUCAAGCUCCAAUUACGAUACAUUUCUUCAAAGAGCACGCGACCUUGCUGCUGAACUUCGAGAAUGGAAAUGCCCAACUGCUUCCGCCGACACACCGCUCGGAUUCCUCAGCCAGACGUAUCAAAGCGCGGGACUCAUAUACCUUCAUUAUGUCUUGCAAAAAUACUUUCCACAACACUCGGAUGAUAUACUAACAGAGGGGGUUGAUGUGUAUGUUGAAUCGGUAUGUGAUGCGGCGCAAAAAGUACCCGAGGGAUCCCUGGCCGAGUGCUCUUUACUAUUUCCGCUUUUUAUUGCUGGCGGGGAGGCGAAGAACGAAACACACAUUGAGCGAAUUAAGAACAGGCUUUACACAAUGAACAAGUGGAGGAGGUUUCGGAAUGUGAAUGCUUGUAGGGAGGUUUUGGAAGAACUUUGGGAGCAGAGGGCUCAAUUGGGAGAGACAGAGACAAUAGGUUGGAGGGAUAUUGUCCGGCAACGAGGCUGGCAGCUUGCACUGUCGUAAACACUAAUGAUUCGAUGUAUUAUUUAUCAAGCUUACGAGUAUAUUCUAGCGUGCUUAUUUUUUUAUCCAGAAUAGUGGGAAUUCCAAUUACUAAACCUCA